UUUACGUCCUCUGUGUACAAUCCUUAGAUACUUCACAUGGUAGCAAGAAUACUUCUGACUCUACUUUUUCAUAAAUUAUACAUCCAAAUUGUUACUAGAACAAUUAGUGAUUAUUAAAAUAGUAAUUUGAAAAAUAGAAAAAAUAGAAUGAAUAAUAUGUGUUUUCAGCGCGCACUUUAUAGUCACGAUGGAAGUUAAAAUGAAUUGUCAAGUUAUGAUAAAAAAAAUGGUUGUUAUACUAUUUCUGCUUUUUUUCCCAAAGAUUGCCACAAUAAAUUUGCCCUGUUAUCGCCAUGAUGACGAGCUAAUUGUGGAAAUGACUGGAACAGAGACAAGGAAAAACGCAACGGCUUUCAAAUACAUUGAAACUGAAAAUGCAAAAGGUUGUAUUAACCGUUGUCUUUAUGAAAACACCUGUGUGUCGAUGAACGCAAUUCAAAAAGGAGAAAGUGUAAAUUGUGAACUUUUUGAUAUUGACAGUUAUAAUGAAAGUUUGAGUGCAGAUAUCAAAUCAAAUUACUACGAAGUAGACUUGCUAUGUCGUUACUGUUCAAAGAAAGGAGUCAGAAAUAAAUGUGCUUGCGAUUGUUCGAUAAAACGAGAUUGUGUUGAUUGGCUCAAAGCAGGAUUUAAUCAGAGUGGUGUUUAUGAAAUCAUCAUAAAGGGUAAGUUAACCAAAGUUUUCUGUGAUAUGGAAACCAAUGCUGGAGGUUGGAUCAGAUUCCAAAACAGAUUUGAUGAUUCCGUAGACUUUAAUAAAACUUGGAAUGACUAUAAAUAUGGUUUUGGUGAUAUUGGAGGAGAAUUUUGGCUUGGUUUAGAAAAUAUCCAUCAUUUGACCAGCAAUGGUGAUCAUUUGUUGUAUAUGGAAAUGCUUACAGCUACCAAUGAAAGAAUAACUGCGUUGUAUUCCAACUUCCAAAUCCAGAACGAAGCCAGUUUUUACAAGCUUAUGUAUAGUGCAUGCGUUAGUGGCAAAUGUGUCGAUGUCAAUCAGCACCAGUACCAACCUUUUUCUUCGUAUGAUAGGAAUGAUCAUGCAAAAAACAAAAAUUGUCCGGAAAAUUAUAGUGGAGGUUGGUGGUACAAUGGUUGUUAUGACAUAAAUUUAAAUGGCCGUCCGAGCCACAAAUGGAGAAUAAUGGGGAACACUUUUUAUAUUACAGCAAAUCCAGCCAAAACGCUAAUGAUGCUGAAACGAAGUGAUGAGUAAUUGAUCCUAAGAUUAAUGAAACAAACUCUGACAUCAGUAUUGGCAAGACCUUGCUGCUGUAAGUUCUGCCUAUUUGGGGAUAUAAUCCGAAAGAAAAAAAAAAUUGUUUUGUUAACUUGUGCACAGUGUAACAAAUACGGUGCUUCUAACAUGAUACCCAGCCUCGAGAAAACUUUUCCAGCUAUUUGAAACGGGGGUCAGUCAAUAAAGUAGUUCUCGAAAGUGGUACACACUCAAAACAAUUUAAUUAACCCACAAACAAAUUGGUUUAAUUUUAUUUUUAUUUGCUUUAAUGCUCCGGAAAUUGUUAAAAUUUAAUAACCCCCUCCCCACCUUUCUGAAUCGAGCCUCUCGUUAAAGUCUCAAUAUCAGAUGUGUGCUCCGAGUCCUGAUUCAAGUAAAUGUAGAAUCUAAUGUUUUACAACUGUAUACAUUUUCAUUCUCUGAAUAUGAAUAUUUGGUUAAGGAAAAUGGAAUGCUGAGUUUUAUUUUAUUAUUUGCUUCUACGGUUCUAAACAUAGAUUAGAGUUAGUAAUGUUUCUUCCGCACCUUUUUUUUAGAUUUAUACUUACUUAUAUAUUAUUGCCGUUAUAUGUAUUAAUAUUUUUGCACUUUUCUGGUUUGACCACGGGUUAAGCUAUAUAUUUUUUCUUUUAGAACCAAGAAACUUUCUUUGUGCUCUUUUUUUCUACAUAGACCCCACCUCUUAGGAUGUUGGCUAGCUAAGCAAUUGCUACGUCUGCACGACUUUAGUUGCUCAAGGGAGCUUUAAAUGCUCUAGGAUAUUCUUUGCAGUUCCGUUGAUAACUAGUUUCAAAGGACACCGUUUUCAAUAGAAAUUUGAAUAGAAUUUAAGUUUGUGACUCGUAUCUCCUGUGGUUAUACCUACAUGAAUUAACAGAUAAAACACACAACAUAAAAAAUGGAUGCAAAACGCAUGUUUGUAAGUACCAUAAAAAACCGGAAAAAACACUUUCAGCUGCACAAUGAGAAAAAGAACUGUAUCAAAAAGAUGUUCGUCUAGGUAAAUGGAGGAAAUUUGCAGAAAUUGAGGCAUGUGUAACUUUAUACGGAGAGUAAUGACUGUCUUUGUCUUGUUACACGAUGCAAAAUCAAAUUUUUAAUACCAGACCUCCGGUUAAAAGAAGCGACCGCAAAAUCUCGGGCUACAAAUUUCGGAUGUCCGGUGCUAAACAAAAGGUACCCGGUUACAAUCUCAAAGUAUGAGUAUCUAGAUUUUAGUUUGGACCUUAAAAAAAACGCUAAAUUAUAUGUCAAUAAGUUGAAUGAACUGGCACGAAAUAAAAUUUGAGCCAAAAGAUUUAGUUGACGUAGUGGGAAUUCUCAAACUAAAAAUAGAUCCACAGAAUUGGUAAGAGUAGGGAAGUUAACAUAGAAAGAGUUUUACGAUAUGUGUUGUAAAAACAACAACAUUGUUUAAACUGAAUAAGCAAACUUAAAAAAACUAAGAUUAGAAAAAGGAGGGAAAGAAGUGGUUCUGUAUUGUACAAAAGAAAUCAGCCCAAAGUGCGCUAUGCUGCAAACAAUAAAUACGAUUAUUAAAGUGAUGACCAGGAGGAUCCCAAAACAAUAAUAACCGAUUACUAUCAGCUGUACCGCAAAAUAUCGCCGAGAUCUAAAUGCCAGCCGUGCUAUGACUGAUGUACGGUUAAAAAUCUGUAUUGCAGCAACAAAACAAUAUUUUUAGGCGAAAAUAAGAAAUUCAAUUUUAAUACAAUCCGCUUAAAAAAUUAUAAAAUCGCCUCACAUCUGUGCAGUAUUAUGUGGUGGACGUUUAUCGACAAAACAUUUUUAACACAACCUUUGUAAAGAAACCUAAAUCUCCUAAGUUUCAAUGCUACUGUACCUGCUUA